GAUUAUUUUCCAUCAUGGCCGUGCGGACUAAAUCACACUUACACGCCGAAUGCAACCGGAUGUUCCAAAAUUGACUGCGCACUCUACCAGAACUGGUGCAGUAGAUGUUGUGAUGGUACCCAUUACAACACAACCGUCUUCCUUCCUCCAGGCAUAAUUCCACUACGGUGCUUACCAGGACAAAAUGUUCCAUUACCAUUCGCUGGCUUCCUUUCACCACCACACUUCUUAUGGUCUCCACAGGAUGUUCGAGACAACGUCUACGGACUGAUGCCUGAUCCUUCCGUUCACGAACCUGCAGCUUUCGAUAUUCAACCGAUGACUGGUUCGACGGUAGGUGGUCGAUUUCGGAUGCAGCUUUCCAUACCUAUUUAUAACCACAAACUAUUCACCGAAUGCAAGCAACUUGUCAACUCUUUCCUUCCAUCGUUCUGGCUUGAUCUUCGGGUCGCAACGCGUGACUACGCUCGCAAUUACAUUUAUUUUAAUACGACCGUAAUACCAAGAAUUAUCUUGGGAGUAGGCCUAGGUUUAGUUAUCAUUCCUGCUUUAGCUGCACUACUAUUGCUGUUCUUUGCACUUAGACGACGUCAACCAUAUUUAUCUUCAUGUCUUAGGAAAAGACAUGAAACCGAUUCAUGGUCACCACCAUUUGAAUGA